AUGACCGAUGAAUCCCCUGAAGUUCUAGCUGAAGGAGCACCCAAAUCUGUCCAUGACAAGUAUGAGCAUUGGCAGAUGAAUAACAACAAGGCUAAGGUGUACAUGAUGGCUAGCAUGUCAGACACGCUUACGACGAAGCUGGAAGAUGUCAAAACUACACAUGACAUCGUGGAGCAGCUUCAAGAGUUGUUUGGACACAAAUCUGGGCAAGCUCAUUCGGAAGCCACCAAGAAGUAUGCAAAUUCUAGGAUGGCACUAACGAUGCAUGUUCGUGAUCAUUUUAUCAAGAUGACGAACUACUUCCAUGAGAUUGAGUUGCAUUGA